GGGCAGACAUCAGCUGGAGGUGAAAUGGAGCGCUGCUUCUGACACUGCUUGGAAGAGAAAGAAGAGAAGCAGACAUGUCUGAGAAGAAGACCCGGGGAACAGACACUCGUCCCAAAUCUGGCCUCCGCAGCUGGAGCGCAGACAGCUACAACUGGCGAGGGAAGAAGCGCUCCCGAAGCUCUCGCAACGGGUCAAGUCCUGGAGACCUGGAAGCAAACGGUUUGGAGGAGCUGGGUGUGCGCUCGACGUCAUGUUCAAGGCGACGUCGAGAGAGGAAGUGCAGCUGCAGCGCUCUUGGGGAAGCCCUGACGGCUGCGGACUUCGAUGGGGUCUGCCGCAAGGCCUUGUCCCGGCGCUCCCUGCGACAGAAGUUCCAGGAUGCUGUGGGUCAGUGUUUGCCUCUGCGCUCUCACCAUCAUCACCAUUAUCACCACACACCUGGCUCCUCAGGGCCUUUCUCCGUGCUCUUCUGGUCCAAACGUAAGAUCCACGUCUCAGAGCUCAUGCAGGACAAGUGUCCAUUCUCACCCAAGUCUGAACUGGCCAAAUGUUGGCACCUUAUAAAGAAUCAAGUUACUCCUCCGAGCACCCUGAAAGACAUGGAGGCUCCUUUGAAGCCCAGCAUCUCCUCCUCUAACUCCCUGCUACAAACGCCCAUCUCCUGGGAGGACAUCUGCUGCUCAGCAGGACCUGGAAGCACCACCCUGGAGGACUGGGACCCUUCGUGUCAUUGUGGGGAUGCAGAGGGCAGCUGUGAUCACACUGACUACAUCCUGGUCCCUGACCUCCUCCAGAUCAACAACAGUCCGUGCUACUGGGGUGUGUUGAACCGUUUUGAGGCUGAAGAGCUGCUGGAGGGUCAGCCGGAGGGAACGUUUCUUCUCCGAGACUCUGCCCAGGAUGAGUUUCUGUUCUCGGUCAGCUUUCGGCGCUACAGCCGCUCCCUGCACGCACGCAUCGAGCAGAAUGGAAAGCGUUUCAGCUUUGACGUGCGUGACCCAUGCAUGUACCGGGACCCGAGCGUGACAGGACUCCUGAGACACUACAGCGACCCGGCCACCUGCCUCUUCUUUGAGCCUCUGCUCUCCAGGCCAUUGCCAAGGACCUUUCCCUUCUCCCUUCAGCAUCUGUGCAGGGCUCUGAUCUGCAGCUGCACCACGUACCAGGGCAUGGACCGACUGCCACUGCCCCCCCAGCUCAGGGAAUACCUCAGACAGUACCACAUCAAGUGUGAGGGGGCCUGCGCCCUGUGA